GUUACACAAGAGCUAAAAAACAUUCAGGUUGAGCAGAUGACAAAACUUCAGGCCAAGCAUCAGGCAGAAUGUGAGCUACUUGAAGAUAUCAGAGCGUUCAGUCAGAAAAGAGCUGCAAUUGAGAAAGAAUAUGCACAGAGCAUUCAGAAGCUGGCUAGCCAAUACUUAAAGAAGGACUGGCUUGGAGUAAAAGCUGAUGAACGAAGUGAUUAUAGGAGCAUGUACUCAGUUUGGAAAUCGCUUCUAGAAGGCACAAUGCAAGUGGCCCAAUCCCGACUCAAUAUCUGUGAGAACUAUAAAAACUUAAUUUCUGAACCAGCCAGGACUGUACGGUGCUUUAAGGAACAACAGUUGAAGAAGUGCGUGGACCAGUUGACAAGGAUCCAAGCUGAAUUACAAGAGACAGUAAAAGAUUUAGCUAAAGGCAAAAAGAAAUAUUUUGAGACUGAACAGAUGGCUCAAGCAGUGCGGGAGAAAGCUGAUAUUGAGGCCAAGUCCAAACUUAGUCUUUUUCAGUCAAGAAUAAGCUUGCAGAAGGCAAGUGUAAAGUUAAAAGCACGACGAUCCGAGUGUAAUUCCAAGGCUAUCCAUGCAAGGAAUGAUUAUCUUCUCACUUUAGCAGCUGCUAAUGCACACCAAGAUCGCUAUUAUCAAACAGACUUAGUAAACAUUAUGAAGGCUCUUGAUGGAAAUGUAUAUGAUCACCUUAAGGAUUAUUUAAUGGCAUUCAGCACUGAACUAGAGACGUGCCAAGCUGUACAAAACACAUUCCAGUUUUUACUGGAGACUUCCAGCAGGGUGGUGCGGGAUUACAAUCUACAGCUGUUUUUACAGGAGAACUCUGUGUUUCACAAGCCGCAGCCUUUCCAGUUCCAACCAAGUGACAGUGACACUAGUCGACAACUGGAAUCGGAAACUGGAACGACUGAAGAGCACAGCCUCAACAAGGAGGCUCGGAAAUGGGCUACCCGGGUAGCCCGUGAGCACAAAAACAUCGUCCACAGUCAGCGGACACUUGAAGAGCUAGAAUGCCACGGGCCUGUGAUGUCUGAGCAAACCCGAGCAGAACUGGAGCAGAAAAUAGAUGAAGCCAGAGAGAGUAUUCGCAAGGCUGAGAUAAUUAAGCUGAAAGCAGAAGCCCGUCUUGAUCUGCUGAAGCAGAUCGGUGUGUCCGUGGACACGUGGCUAAAGAGCGCAAUGAACCAAGUGAUGGAAGAACUGGAAAACGAACGCUGGGCCAGCCUGCCCUCGGUGACCAACAACGGCUCUUCACACCUGAAUAAUGCUGAUGCAGAAAAGGAAGAAGGUGAAGAGUUUGAAGACAGCAUGGAUGUUUUUGAUGACAGUAGUUCUAGUCCUUCUGGUACUCUAAGAAAUUAUCCUCUCACCUGCAAAGUUGUUUAUUCAUAUAAGGCUUCUCAGCCAGAUGAGUUGACCAUAGAGGAACAUGAGGUAUUGGAGGUUAUUGAAGACGGAGAUAUGGAAGACUGGGUAAAGGCACGGAAUAAAGCGGGUCAAGUGGGUUAUGUGCCAGAGAAGUACCUGCAGUUCCCGACAUCCAGCAGUCUGCUGAGUAUGCUACAGUCCCUCGCGGCACUGGAUAGUCGAUCACACACCUCGAAUAACUCCACUGAGGCUGACUUAGUCUCGGGCAGCCUGAAUGGAGACUCCAGUGUCUGUUUUGUAAAAGCACUUUAUGAUUAUGAGGGCCAGACGGAUGAUGAGCUGUCCUUCCCGGAAGGAGCGAUCAUCCGCAUCCUGAACAAAGAAAAUCAAGAUGAUGAUGGCUUUUGGGAAGGAGAAUUCAAUGGACGUGUCGGGGUCUUCCCAUCAGUAUUAGUGGAAGAGCUUACGGCCUCAGAAAAUGGAGAGACUCAGUGGAUUGGAGAUAUUCAGGUAUCCCCGACUCCGAAGCCUAAUAAUGCCCUUCCACCGCUGCCACUGUACGACCAGCCUCCCACUAGUCCCUACCACAGCCCGGAUAAAAGAGGUUCUCAGUACUUCCCCAGAUCACCGUCAACUAACGAAAACAGCUUCAGUUCAGAGUCUCCUGGAUUCUCACAGCCUCCACGAAUUCCUCCUGAAUCUUCAUAUGGCAAACUGCGACCUGUGCGAGCAGCUCCACCACCCCCUACACAGCAUCAUCGCCGGACAACAGAGAAGAUAGAGGACGUGGAAAUUACUCUGGUGUAACGAUUGGACUAGUUAGGUAGUAGUGCUACAAUCAAGACCAAACGCGGUAUUUGGUCAAUCUUGUUUUUAGGCACCUUUGCAUGAUGAAGACUUCGAAUAGAGCAAGAGAUAGGGAGGAUUUUAUGUGGCAGUGACAUGGUGGAUUCCUUCCCACAGUCAUGAAUAUUUUGUGCCUUUUUUUUUGUGUUUUGAUUUAUAUACAUCAUUCUUCCUCUCUUAGCAC